AUGCCCUACCCUCCAGCAAUCCUGUCGAUGGCGCAGAAUAUGGCCUUGGUGGAAGGGUUGAAUUCGGAUCCACACGAGAACGAAUAUGCCAUGAUAUGGAAUUCCAUUCUAACUCACCACUUCCCGCUUCACGAGAACUACGGUGUGGCCCCUCAGAUAUCCAAGCUAUCUUCUGGGAAGGAUCCCGUCAUCUACACAGUGGCGAAAGUCUGGCCAGGCCGAAAAGAGCAGACCUUUCUCGUCGCUGGUUUCAAGAAAGCUUCGGAGGAGACGAAAAUGGGAAAAGAGAGUUUGAAGCGGGUGCUGCGGGAAAUCAUAGAGCACCUGUUUGAGACGACUGACGUCACCAAAAUAUAUGGUUUGGGCGGGAUUGGGCUUUGCUGGACGGUGUUCAGGAUGGAGAAGGCCAACUUUCGUGCCCAUGAGCCUGAGAUACUAAUUCCCUGGAAAUCCAAUAUCACUUCGGCUCGAGCGUUUAAUGACCUUAGUGAGGUCGUAGAGGAUAUGCAUGAUCUGGCGGGACAGCUUUGA